UGCAGCUCCAUGGGCUGCACCAGGACACGCCAUCGCCAUCACCAUCGCGUGUUUUAACACAGACUUCUUCAGCGCCGGGAUUGCACAGAAUGUAACAGUGAUUUUUUUUUCGAGGAUCUCUUUCUUUUUGGUUCGGAACCGAGGGGAGGGAUCCUGGAUGUAAAAAAGACCGAACGAACGCCCGCAAACAGGUCCUUUCUGUCAACCUCCCGCGAGAAAAAAAAACAUACGAGUGAACAGAAGCUUUCCAAAUUGUUCAAGAACAUUUCUGUUCUACAGGUUUCAGGUUUUUGAAAGGCGCUGGCACUAAAAGGGCAGAACCCAUGGAGGUUCUCACGUUCACACCGCCAUUGUACAAACAGAGAUACCAGAUUGUAUUAGAGCUUGUUGAAAAAUUUAAAGCAAAGAAGGUAGUAGAUUUGGGAUGUGCUGAAUGCACACUUCUAUCAAGGCUGAAAUUCUGCAAUUGCAUAGAAGUUCUUGCUGGAGUGGAUACAGACUUGGAUCUACUGAGGGAAAAAAUGUACCGGUUGUCACCUCUGCCUUGUGAGUAUUUGCAGCCAAGGGGAUCUCCAUUAACAGUGAGAUUGUAUCAAGGAUCAGUGGCUGUGAAGGAUCCCUAUAUGCUGGACUUUGACUUUGUUUCUUGCAUUGAAUUGAUAGAACAUCUAGACCCACCAGUAUUAGAGAAGUUUCCAGAGGUAGUGUUUGGUUACAUGAAUCCUGCUAUAGUAGUAGUUAGUACCCCAAAUGCCGAUUUUAAUCCUUUGCUUCCAGGCCUAAUGGGUUUCCGACAUUGGGACCAUAGAUUUGAAUGGAGCAGAGAAGAGUUUCAAGCCUGGUCAUUAGAUGCAGCCAACAAAUAUGGUUACACAGUAGAGUUUACUGGUGUUGGAAGAGGACCCCCUGGUACAGAGAGGCUGGGAUAUUGCACUCAAAUAGCUACAUUUCUGAGAAACUUUCCUAAGUCUAUGCUGCCAGCUGAAACUAAAAAUGCAGAGCGAUCAUACAAACUGGUAUAUGAGGUUGUUUACCCUAGUCUGAAGGAUAAGAAAAUCUUGCAUGAUAUUCUGCUCAACGAAAUCAUCUUUACAGCUGAAACUUUAAGAAAACGCCUAAUGGACAACUGCCAAGACAGUCAAAGUAAAGUAGAGAAUUGCAAACAAAAAGAGCAUGAAUAUUUGCAAUCUGAAGCUGGUGGUGAAUUUUCAGCAACUAAUUUCAGGGCUAAAGAAAAUGUGGCAAUGGAAGUGUACAGAGUUGGUGACAGUAUUCACAUUCCAUUGACAAAACUAUUCUCCAUUCCUAAAGUACAGCAGCUUAUUGGAUCCCUCCAACAAUUACAGGAAAUACUCAAGGCUACUGACCGUAUUGCUCUCAACUCCAGUGGUUCUGCAGUUGUCUAUCCAAUAUAUUACCAUGAGAGUAAUACUGAAGUUGACUGUGAUGAAGACUAAUAAUUUAAACAGCAUUUCAGAGCCAAUUGAGUAGCAGCCAUGAAAAGACAAGAAUACAAUGAAAAUAUAGUAGAAUAAAGGCGCAAAGAAUCCAGGCAUGUAUUCACACAUAUGCACAAUAGAAGGUGCCCAGAGAAAUACAGACGGUUGUGAAUAUAGGUCUUUUCAAAUAAGUGUGACAUGUUUGUCAGUAAUGUAGUGUUUACCAGUUUGUUUUGAAGCGGUCAUGUCAGAAUAUAUAUAUAAAAUAUAUAUACAUAACUAUACUGUAUUGCCAUCAUAUAGCUUUCAGUUACAACACUUGGUUAUAAAGCUACCAGACCUUGGCUGCAUCCUUAUUGUGUUGUAUUUUGUGCUGCUUUGCAUUUCCAAGUGAAGUUUACAAUGAAGAUGAACUUAUAAAGAUAUAAAUAGGAAAUAUAUGAUGCAUUGCUGCUAGAGUAUACCGAGAAGUCACUCCAGAUUUAUUCAGAUCUCUGUUCAGAAUUGGAUUGUUGAAAAGAUUUUAGAGGAUCUGUUAAAAUCCUAGUAAUAGAGGAGAAAAUGACUGGGUUUAUUUCACAGUACAUGGGGAGAAUAGCAGUGGGAAUUAGCCUGCAGAACAGUAUGCUUUUGAGUUUUUAUUACUAAAGCCUUGGGACGUCCUUCUGACAUGAAAGGCACUAUACAAAUGUAAUUUUGUAUUGUAUUCUUUCCUUUCUCUCUUGUUUCUAUUACCAUUCCCCUUUCAUCACUUUAGUUUUGCAGAUUUCAACAUCGCCUCUAAUUGGUGUCUCCUAUGACGAAAUGACUAAUCCUGCAUUUCUCAAAUCUGAAUUGGUAUUGUGUUAGGGAGAAAGAUUCUUUUUAACCUCCUUAAAGUUUGAAUAAUUAAAGAGCUGGAGAAAUUAAGACUUUAGAAAUUGACAAAUACAUCAUAUUCUGUGAAGCACUUUGAGACAUCUCAAAGUGAUGCGAUAAGGCGUUAUAGCAAAUGGAAGGAUUAUUAUUAUAGUCCAUUUUGCAAACUGGCAUUUUGUGUUUGGAGUUUAAUGAUCUGAGAAAUACUUUAAUGGAAUAGUGAAAACAUGCUGAGGUUAAAGAUGGGUUUUACUUGAAUAUUUCUGACAAAGUACAUAUACCAUUCACUGCAUUUAUUUUGAAUUAUUUUGAUAUUUUAGGUGAAUGCACUGAAGUUCAGUAUAUGGUUCCAGUUCUUUCCAGUAGCCUGAAACACUUUUGUGUUUGCAGAAAACUUAGGAAGAAAUUGCUUAUAUUUUUGACACAGCUUAUCAGCUACGGGGAAAACCUAUAAACCUCAGUAAGUUAUUUUUACUUAUGUAAAAGGUAAGACGUAGAUGUCCUAUAAAUCUUUGUGUUUCAUAACUGUAAAGAUGUAUUACUUUCAUUCAGCUAGGUGUCUGUUCACAUCAAUAAAGGUUUACUUAACCCAGUUUUAAGCCCUGUAAAUAUAAACAAUCUUCAGCCAUUUAUCACAGCAUUCUACAAAUAGUUUGAAGUUUGAUUUGAGGUUCAAGGUUUUGAACUUGUAACCUGCCCGAAUUAAUCUGCUGCACCUUACUCCCAAAAUAUUGCUGCCAUGGGAAGAACAAAGACCCGCUGAUGACUUCCUAGACGAUUUACCCAGAACCUAUAACUAGCUGGUACAAACGCACUGAAAAAAAACUGGAAGCAGGCUAGCCAAUUACCCUAGUUUCAGCAUCCUCAAAGAUGGAAGAAGAAAAAAAGGGGCUCCUCUACCUUAUCUAUUGCUCCCUAAGGGAAGUGUGUGAGGCACUGAACACGUGAAGACUUGGUAUUGGUAGUACUGGUUUUGGCUUCCGAUAUUUGAAUAAUCUCAGCAUUAAUUGUUACAUUCAGGAGGAGGAAUAAUGGGAGAAAACCUGAGCAGGAAAUUUGUCCCACCUCGAUUGUAACUUUGCAGGUUGCAACAUAUAGGGGUUCAGUUUAACAAUUGGAAAGCCAAUGGAAAUGCAAUUGUUAUUGGGGCUUCUGAGUGACUUGGAAGAAAAUCUUGAACUCCUGUAAAGGAAAAUAAUUGAUGCUCUGAAUAUAACAUUUAUUUCUGAAUCGAUCAUAGCAUUUUAGUACAAAAUAGUGGUUUCUACAAUAAAUACAAUUGUGAAAUCAAAUUAUUCACAAAAGGCAGCAGGGGGUGCUGUUGUAACAUUUGUAUAUUAAACAUUUAUUUGCUCUUUUUCCACAGCAACUAAUUCUAUGUAUUUUAUAAUUUAUGAAAAUGUUUAUAUAAGCUAAAUUUGUUUACAAGGUUGAAGAAAAAAACUAAACAGUUUUAGAGAAAUGUACUACUUGUUAAGCCAUUAAUGUUUAAUUUGAUUCACAACUAUGUGACCUGAGUCUUAAGUUAUACAAUAUGGAACUAAUCUUCAAGCAAAGAGAGUGUUGUACAUCAGCAUUGAGCUCUGUAUCCAAUAAACGUGUGCUGUAUUUUG